AUGCAGACUGCUUCUACAAACAUUUGUGAAAGACUGUGCAAUAAGUCCAUCUGUGAAAACUCCUUGUUACUAAAUGCUCCGCGGUCAACUGUUAGUGGUAUUAUAACAAAGUGGAAGCAACUGGGAACAACAGCAACUCAGCCACGAAGUGGUAGGCCACGUAAAAAUGAUAGAGCGGGGUCAGCGCAUGCUGUAGCACACAGUGCACAGAAGUCACCAACUGUCUGCAGAGUCAAUAGCUAAAGACCUCCAAACUUUGUGUGGGCUUCAGAUUAGCACAACAACAGUGUGUAGAGAGCUUCAUGGAAUGGGUUUCCAUGGCCGAGCAGCUGCAUCCAAACCUUACAUCACCAAGUGCAAUGCAAAGCAUCGGAUGCAGUGGUGUAAAGCACGCCACCACUGGACUCUAG